AACUUUAUCUUGUCAUGUAAACGUAUAAAUACAAAAAAGGAGGAGUGGUUUAGAUUGGGUCAACUUGCAUCUUAAAAAACAUUUACAUUUUGCAAAGCCCACUCAGCCGAUGCUUACAACACAGUCAACUAAGUUCAUGAUAAUGCACUUUAUACGGUGUCUUCAGCUGUAUCUUGGUUGUCCUAAUGCUCCUCACCCCUUUCCUACAAUAAUAAUCUGCACUCAAGACCAGACCAUUAAUUUAUUUUUAAACAAGCAGAGAAUGCAUCACAAACUGUACUGUUCAGUAUAUUUAUAUCAAUGCUUUUUAUUUUAAUACCAACAGGGGUUCAACAAGGAGCCUUCAAAAGCUCCACCCAACUACAGUGGUCACAGUUGGAACAGGUCUGGUGUUCGCUGGGCAUCACUUUCAGGCAAGGAGCAUUCAUAUGGUGGACAUUCACAUAAACUGCUCCCUGUCAACGAGAGGUUAUCCAGCCCAGAGCAAGAGGCAGAAGCAAUUGAGGAUCCAGGUGAAGAAGAAGCCAUUUCCAAGUCUUCAUUGAGCCAUUCUGAUUCAGAUGAUGGAUUAAAGAGGCACAAGCACCUGAGAGCAAGUUUACAUGAAAACCACAGAACACAGAAACACCGAGCUUCUUCUCAAGGACCCAGGCAGACCAGACAUCACCCACAUGUCCCAGCAUGCAGUUCGAUGGCAGAAAAAAAAGACCAGGAUGGAGACAUAGAGCAAGGCCAGGUCAAUAAACCAACAAAAGUGCCAUUAAAGCUACACAUUAAAGUAUGCAGUCAGAUGGGAAGCAUUGGUGUCAGUAUUGCUGGAGGAAAGGGAUCUUCGCCUUACAAAGAAAACGAUGAGGGGAUUUUUAUUUCACGGGUUUCAAAAGCAGGACUUGCUGAAAAGGCAGGAAUUCACAUAGGAGACAGAGUGCUAGAGGUCAAUGGAUUGAAUCUGCAAAACGUUACUCAUCACGAAGCUGUGAAUGCCCUGAAAAACGCCGGGAAUUGUAUCAAGAUAGUCGUUUUGAGAGACAGGUUGACCAGCACAGAGAACCCAAAAACUACAGAUCCUGUUGCUGUGGAAACUGAAAGUGUUAAAGAACACAGUGAUAAUAACAACUGCAAAAAACAUCAAUCUUCAUGCAGUGACGAAACCAGGUUGGGACAAAAACAGACUGAAACCAAGGAGACUGUCGUUUGUAAUGGAAAUGGAAUGGGAUCUUCAGCAUCUGAAGAGGACCUAACAAAAUCUGGAUGUGAUACUGAUGCUCCCCCAAAAAAUAAUUCAUUCCGAAUUGUGAAACAUACCAUGACAAUACCUCGUAUUAUCCUCACACAUCCCUCCACCUCAGACGAGGAUGUUGAACAGUUAACACAGGAUCCAGAAGAAGAACCUGAGGAACAGGACAGUGCCGAUUGCCAGAGCUGUCCAGAUUGCUCUAACAGUGCUUUUUAUCCCCCAUGAUUGCUCAAGCCACAAAGCUGUAUAUAUAUAUAUUGCAUCCCCAGAGCAAGUCUGUCAUGUGCAUAUUACACUGGGGAGACUGCUGCUAUACACAUGCAAUUAAACAAACAGACAUUCGGGCUCUGGGAAUAUAAUUUAAAUUAAGACAUUUGUUUUGUUAAAUAUGAUAUUAGAAAGCAGGUCUUACUGUGCAAACCUUUAUAUAGAAAGAAUGCCGACCUGCUCUCUGUUUAAUAAAUGGGAAACAUUAUUCUUAUAUUGCCAAAUAUUUUUGUUUCUUUGUUUCAUUAAAGCAUUGAAUUGUUAAAAGAA